AUGGCCAGUCCUGGCACAAAGGCGUCGUGGCUCUCGCAGCCCAGCGUGAAGAGCGUGCUGGUGUAUCGCAACGGGGACCCUUUCUUCCCGGGGCGCCGCAUUGUCAUCCACGAGAAGAAAGUGUCCAACUUUGAUGUGUUCCUGAAAGAGGUGACGGGCGGGGUGCAGGCGCCCUUUGGAGCGGUGCGAAACAUCUAUACCCCCCGGGGUGGGCAUCGUGUCCGACAGCUGGACGAGCUCCAGAGUGGGGAGCAGUACGUGGCUGGUGGCAGGGAGGCCUUCAAGAAGCUCAACUAUUUGGACAUUGGAGAAACCAAGAAAAAACCUGCUGAAGUCAAUAAUGAGCAGUCAACACUGGAAGACGUCAAGCCAGUUACUCACAGUAGGAUCACUGUGUCAGCACGGUUUCGAAAGCCACUCCAGGAGCCCUACACUAUUUUCCUGCUUGCUAAUGGAGACCUUAUUAGCCCUGCAGUGCGCCUCCUCAUUCCCAGGAAAACACUGAAUCACUGGGAUCGUAUUCUUGAAAUGGUGACAGGAAAAGUUACCCUCAGAAGUGGAGCUGUUCACAGACUCUACACUGUUGAUGGAAAACUUGUUCAGAAUGGGUCAGACUUGGAGAAUGGGCAAAUGUAUGUUGCCGUGGGUAGAGAAAAGUUUAAGAAAUUGCCGUAUGGUGAUGUGCUGUCCAAAUCUACAUCGAGAAGGUCACAGGGUUCCAAAACCUCUGUACUUCCUCCAAUUGUGGGAUCUCGAAAGUCUAAAGGCAGCGGAAAUGAUUGGCAAUCUAAAUCUACCAGUGACCGGGGAGAAAACAGUUCCUCGCCUCAGCUUCCCAAAAGAAAAGACAAAAAAAGCCAGAAUCCAGAGAAUUCUGUUUCCAGACGACACUUUUCUAGCCACUCUACAAAAGGAAAACAGACAGUAAAAGCUUCCACAGGAGUCCUUCAGGAUAACGGUGAAGAUAUUUACAAAGCCAGAGAAGAGGGGUCUGAAAUGUGGGGGGCAGCUGAAGUGCAAGAAGAUGAAGAUACUCUUGUGGAAGUUCCACUGGACCAGAGACCAGCAGAAACUGUCGAUGAAGAAGAAAAUGUAGAAGAGGAAGAUGACAGGGGAGAGGAGGCAUAUAAAGGAGAAUAUCCAGAAGUGAAUGGAGAGGAAAGUGGGGAAACUGUUAAAGAAAGAAUUGAAGUGGAAAAAAAUGAAAAGAAAUUAAAGGCAAAUUGUGAAGAUGAAGCAGGAGAAAUACAGAAUGUUGACCAAGCAGAGGAAAAGGAACUUAUCCAUUUAAAUGGCAAAAACAAUGAAGGAAAUGGUGAGGGAAUGGAGCAUUUGAGCUACCAAGGUGAUCUUCAGCCUGAAGAAGAAAUAAAAGAGGAUUCUGGCAGUGAGAACCAGGUUGAUCCUGGUCUUGAAAAAACAUCCACAAACCCAAGGGUGACAAUCACCAGCCCACAAGAAAGUGAAAAGAACGACCAGAGCAAUGACUAUGCAGCAGUUGCAUAA